AUGUUAGAAGAAGAAUAUGGAUACGCCAUGCCUAAGAAGACUGGCGAAAAUGUCUGCCGACCAGCCAUUUUCCACAUCGUCGACACAUCGUACGGAGCUGAAAGCACUUCGGAGUUUUCGGCACGUUGUUUUGCACUUUCUUUUGUGUUCCCAGAGGGAUAUGCUGUGUUCUGGACCUGUCUUGCCACACGAACGCAUCCGUCACUACCACACCGUAUCACCGCCGCCAGCUCUUGCGAUAACAUGGAAGAGCUCCUGGACAAGGCCGAUCAGUGGGCCCGCGCAGGUGGCGAACAACCGGAGCGUCCCGAUUUCAACGUACCUGAAGAGUAUCUCGCCAUUCCCACCACGGAACAAUAUCUUACGCUGCACCAUUCAAGCGAGAAUGAGAACAGCAAAGGAAAUUCAUGGUUCGCCCAACGUGAUCUACCCGCAGGAACCUUGCUGAUGGUAGCCAAGCCUGUGGGUAUGGUCAUGGACUGGCAGGAUGAUUCAGUGGAAGAAAUUCUACCAGAGAAUGAGCAAGACGAUGAGGACGACGAAGAGGGCAUGAUGGACGAUGAUGACAAGGAACCACGCUUGAAUGAACUACUGCUACUGCAGCUACUCGAUACCAUUCAAAAAGAACCAUCUAUUUGGACGGAAUGCUUGUGUACUUUGUUCCCUCGUACACAGCAAGAACUAAGUCGCUUACCGGCUUGGGUUUGCGAAGACGACGACAUCUUUUGUCAAAUCGAAGCGAGUAUUCAAGCGAUCGGAGCACUCCCGCAAAUGGGGGAUCUGGCCAAGGAAAUAUCGAAACGCCUACCAUUGAUUAUUCGGUAUAACAUUCUUUCGAUUGAGACCUGUCCUGAACUCUUGAGCUAUCCCGGCCCAGAAGGACACGUUAGCCUCAGCGGCGUCGGCCUUUAUCACUUGCCUUCAUUUUUCAAUCAUUCGAGUACACCCAACGCCAGUCGCUGGGCAAUCGGAGACGUCAUGGGUGUGGUAGCAAACCAAAGCAUCAAGGCCGGUACAGAAAUAUGCAUUUCCUAUAUUGAACACGACGUGCUCUGCGAAAGCGCAUUUCGUCGCAAUCAAGUGUUGCGAAUGGAUUUCGUCGACGGCCCAGUAUCCGAGCCAGCGUCACCUUUUGAAGAAGAAGGGCCCGACGUGCCAGUGGUAGAUAGCGACGUACAGAAUGAACUUAUGGAAAUGGAUCCAUUUGAACGUCUAUCCGCCAUUGAAGAGCUCCUACAGCAAGCCACGGGUGCGAAAAGACCCGAAGGGGAACAGGACUCCGCAAUGGGAACGACAGCAAACGGGACGAGCUGGUUUCAGUGUGACGUUCAGAAUCUGCGCAUUCUCAAAGCAAUUUCGCUCGAAGGGCUGGGACAAACUAAAGAGGCCUUGACUUUGUGGGAAGAGUCUGUUGACUUUUGUGAAAAAACGUUGCCACCAAAUGACGAAAAUACAAUUGUGGUUCGUGUGCAAGCUGCAUUCUCAGCGUUGGCCGUCGGUAACUUGGACAAAGCACGAGAGCAGGCGCUUGCGGCCUUGCAGACUCAUGCACUACUCUUUGGUGGCGGAGUGGCUCGUUUUCGACGACGCAUGGCUGCCGAUUUGCGGUUGAAGCUAAGACCGGAAACGGGAACUAGAACUGAACUCAAUGGUGCCCCUGCCGUAGACAUAUUGUGGCCGUUGUAA